AUGUCUUCGUCAAAUUCCAUAACUCUCACAACCCUUCCAUUCGAGGUUCUGAGCGAGAUCUCAUCAUUUCUCGACAGCCGAUCCCUAAAAGCCCUACGACUAGCUUCACCCAAAACCAAACUAUCCGACGCCGCAUUUCCUACUCUUUUCCAUUCCCUCAGCCUCCGUUUCAAACCUCCAGGAUAUAAUCCUGAGCAAAUUUCCUUGGCUUGCGACUCCCUAGCCGCUGGGGAAACUCACAUCGAGAUCGAUGGCUGCAAGAUCUCCAAUCCUCUUAGUGUUACUAAAAGGCUAGUAAUAGAUACUAGUCGCCCUUAUCGUCAAAGCGUUCGCGAUGCUUCGAAGUUUUACCUUAAUUCUCUUACGACGCAGGAUAAGUCGGGAUCGGUUGAACGUACUGGGGAGCGGCUUGAUAUGUAUCAACUAAAACAGUAUAAAGAACUUCACGGACCUGAGGACUAUGAGGUAUUUAAUAAAGUACUUGAAAGAGUACUUUCUACAGCUAGAUCUCUCAAACAUGUUAGGUGGCGAACGAGUAAUGCUCUGGGUGUAUCUGGACACCAGGAGAUAGCAAUGAUUCUAUGCCGACGAGCGUCUGAUGGAAGGUUUACUUUGGAUAUGACCUUAGCCAUUGACGAUACAGAAAAGCGACGCAAAGUAGCAUUAUACAGUCAAAUCGAUGCAAGAGACCAUCUAAACUGCUUAUUCGGCCUAAGAAGUCUUUCCCUACGAAUGCCAAAACAUCAUCAAAUCGCAAGACCGGAUCUUGCAAAACCAUUAAGCGAAUUAGCCUCUCGAUGUAAAUCAUCAAAUAUCCCGACUCUGGAGCGACCAGACUACAUCAGACUUCCAAACCCCUCGAGUUCGGCUUCACUUUCUCCGUUUUGGAAAUCUACAGAUCCACCGCUUGAAACCCUCGAACUGGUGGGUUUGGACUUGGAGAGUAAUACGGAUGAUAGAUGGAAUAAAUUCAAAUCCGGUACGACUUUGAUGAUCGGAACCGACCUAUGGAGAUAUGGCAUAAACGCUUAUCCUAGAAUCUAUAUAUUUCCUUUCCUCCAGGGGUCGGGGAUUUGGGUUAAGAGGUUGAAGUUGGAUGUAUACCCACCAGAUCUUGGAGAGUAUCUGUUAGCAAGGGGUACAAGCUUUUUAACGGAUAUUGAAAUAAAUCUCAAAGGGCAAAAGCUGCUGAAUGGGAUGAGCCUAGGCACCGAGUUCUGGAGAGACGUGGUUCCAAUGCAUUCCGCUACACUUAAAAGCAUUCGAAUCUUUACAGACUGGCAGGGAGACGGCUGGUGUUUUCACGGCGAACCAACAAAUCCUGCAAAACUAGCGCUUGAGAAGUGUAAAGAGCUCGAGGAGUUAAGAAUUGGCUUUAUCGAUCGUGAGAAAAAUUACAUAAAAGACCUCAUCGAUUGCGUUUUAGAGUCUUGUCCGAAAUUCCACUUGCUUGAAAUGGAGUUUUGUUAUGGAUUUGGGGAUAAUACUAGGGAAUUUAACCUAGAGAGCACCGUUUUGGAAUUGUAUUGGUGGCGGUCUACUGAGAAGCGGUUUAGGAAUAGAGUAUUAGAGGUGAGGAAGAAGAUUGUGUUUGAGGAUUUACUAUUCGAAAGUCGGUUUCAGCAGAAGUUGUCUGUAAUUCCCCGAAUUGUUUGGUUUGAUUAUCUUUUACAGACUUGGAGGUUGGGGGAGGAUAUGAGUGUAGAAGAGGGAGUGGUGCUGAAGAUGAACAGGGUGGAUGAUGAGUAUGUUUAUUGUGAUAUGUUAGAUGAUAGGAGCAUUGAAGGGCCGUUGAAGUAUAUGUAUUGA